GGAAGACAAUAAUCAUCGUACUCAGUGACAGGAAGAGAGUGGGGAGUGCUUUGUACUUGGCCAAAAGAUGAUUGCUGUCAGAACCUGCAGGAUUGUACUUUCUGCUGUUUUAAAACCAUCGCCAAAACACACAGGGCAGUCACUAAGAAAACUAUGCAGUACACAACAUGACACGCAGCCAAGCAAUAGCGAUAUGCCUAUAAAGAUGGAAAAUCCAUACAAAGAGCCUCCAAAAAAAUGCAUACUCUGUGGCAUUGCAGUAGACUACAAAAAUGUACAGCUUCUGUCACAGUUUGUAUCGCCCCACACAGGCCGUGUUUAUGGCAGGCACAUAACUGGCCUAUGUGGGAAGAAACAGAGGGAAAUUUCCAAAGCCAUAAAGCAAGCUCAUCACAUGGGUUUCAUGCCUGUGACACUGAAGGAUCCUGCCUUUCUUAAAGAUCCCAACAUUUGUGACAUUAAGCACCUGGAGUAGCUGUUCUUUCAAGCCUGGUGUUUCUAUUUUGUAUAUGUAUUCAGAUACCUGCUAUAAUGAAACAGUACCUUUCACAUUAGUGCAAGUGUCUAAAAUGGAUUUUUCCCAUGUGAACCUACUCCAAUGUGGAUACAACCAGACCAGUUCACAAUAUAAUAACUAUUGAUGCAAAAUGAUAUAACGAUUAUGAUGUAUCUAUAGAGCAUAUUUCGUAUUUGUUGGAAUCAAGGCACUUGGAAGUAAUAUAUAUCCUUUUGCAUUCACUUAUGGUACUUACCACCUUCCAAGAGUGAUGGUUCAGUCACUGAGCUGCACCUGUUAAAUCUCAUUUAGCUCAUUGGCUCAGUUUCCCUGUCAAUAAAGUAAACUUGCUUUGUACCUUA